AUAGAUACAGGGGGAAAGGAUUUUUGUCCAGCCCUCUUCUUCUUCCUCCUUCUUUAUCUUCUCCUUCUCUUCGCAUCUUUUUCCUCGCCACUGACAGGAUCCCAGCCUCCUUCUCUCCAUUGCAGUCAAUGAGGACAUUUCUUGGUGUCGAUGCCUCCCGACUUAUAAUGCUUCCCUGAGGAAGAGGAGGUUGUGUUGGGUUGGAAGGGCGCCGACCCUCAGUCUCUGAGACGUCGCUUCAGAGAGAAGAAGGAGCCCCUGUUUUUGGCCGGAGGAGGAGGGUUGGUGGGUUGGUUGUUUGGCGCGCUUUCCCGCCGAGUCUCGGCCGAUGCUGAGCGGGAGCCGGGAGAGAUGCCUCCUCGCCGGGGGACGCCUCGCUUCUAAGGGAGGAAGAAGGCAAGUGGCAUGAUGGCUAAGGGAGCUGAUAAUGAGAUGUGGAAUCUUUCAUCUCCAGCCUCACAAUCCCUCAAUGAUGAAGGAGCCAUGGAGAGUAAGGAAUCCAGCAAAUGCUUGCUUACAGCCUCUGAAAGCGAAGUUGAUUCAGCAACAUCACUUGCCUUAGAGAUGAAAUAUGCACUGGAUCCCAACCGGCAGAUCAAGAAAAGAAACAAAGCCCUUCAGGUGAGAUUCAAAGACAUCUGUGAGGCCCAAAAUGAGCAGAGGGACAAACAACUCUCUACACUGCAGCAGAGUGACAAAAAAGAAGCAAAGGCUCUCUCUUACAGAGCAGCUUAUCGGAAAUAUAUGACAGUGCCUGCCCGGAGAUCAAUCCCUAACGUUACUAAAAGUACAGGAGUUCAGACUUCACCUGAACUUAAAAAGUGUUACCAGACAUUCCCUUUGGACCGGAAAAAGGGAAGCAUCAUAAAAAGCAUAGCUUCUGUUGACACUUUUCCAAGUCAAAACAAUGGAUUCCUAAUAGAUGUUAAAGAUAAGGACAGCAACAUCUCAGGGGAGGCUGCUCAUAGUAGCAAGAAAGUCACAGGAUUUGUGACAGCUGAGUUUAUUUCACAUACUAAUGAACGCAUAAAUGCAAUAAAGCAGCCUUCUAGUGACAACUGUUCAGAGACAUGUAGAAGCACUGAUUUGCACAGCUGUACUAAAGAACCUCCUUCUCUUCAAAAUGCAGCAGCUUCUGUUUUAGAAGAGCCUGAUUACCAGCUGCAUGACAAAGCAAAAUAUCAUACUGGGCUGUUGGAGAGUGAGGAGGCUAAUCUGUCCACCCAUGGAAAAGUGUUCAAGACAGAAGUAGCUUCUGUCUACUUGCCUGCAUCCAGUUCACACGCCUCACAGACUGACCUGCAAAAUUCUGCAGCAGCAGGGAAUGACUGGUCUCUGUGCCCAGCCGAGGAGGACAAAAAAAGAACAGUGCAUCUUAAUGGUCUGCAAUCACAAGCCGUAAGUGCAGCUCAGGCCUGUUCAACGCAGGCACAGUGCCAAUCAACCGAAUGUAAUGAACAGACCCUUCAGAUACAUGUGUCACCUAUGGAAGGAAAACAGCCUUGUCAGACAACCGUUGCUGUGAGUGAAGGAUGUCAACAAAUUGUGCCUCACACAGAAGUGGUAGACUUGAAAGCACAGCUGCAGAUGAUGGAGAACUUGAUCAGCUCAAGUCAGGAAACCAUAAAGGUCCUGCUGGGUGUUAUUCAGGAACUGGAAAAAGGAGAAGCUCAUAGAGAAGGAUAUUGUUCCCUGGGGAAAAACCUUUUGUCGAAAUCGGACCUUGACUAUGUAGUGAAAGCAUCUUCUCAUUUGUUGAGACUUGACCCACUAAAGCUUUCAUAUCGGACUGGUCAAGACACAUCUAACUGUGACACAUGCAGGAACAGUGCAUGUAUAAUCUAUAGUGUGGAAUUAGAUUUUAAGCAGCAAGAAGACAAACUUCAGCCAGUUCUGAGAAAACUUCAUCCUAUUGAGGAAACUCAGGUUGCACCUUUGCCUUAUUCCCAGGAGAGUUACUCCUCAACUCCCAAGCAAAAAUCCAAAACUGAAUCAAAAAAGCAUGGAAGAUGGAAACUCUGGUUUCUUUAACUAAGUCCAUAAAACAUGGAAUUUAAGGCCUUCUUCAAAAAAACAAAACAAAAACAUCCACACCCAGUGUUGUGGAAUUUUUAAAAAAGAGGAUCUUGGUCAUUUGAGCAGGCGACUGUCAGCAAUGUUACUCUGACAAUACUGAGGAAGCGUUCUGUUCCCACCAUGUGUACCAAAAAAGGCCUUUGUACCUAUGAACUAAUUUUCAGGAGCAAGGUGUUAAAUGUACACCUUGCCAACUUUUUAUUCAACUUUCACCAGUGUGGGAUGUAAAAGAUUUUUUAAAAAUCAGGAUAGAAAAUCAUGUUAGCAGAGGUGAAGUAAAACUACUCUCCCCCAAGUUCCUUAACCCACAAUCAUUUUUUAAAAGAAAACAUUUUAAUGUCAAACUGCCAUCUUCUUCAUACCUGAGUAUCUCAGUCCAGUUAUUUAUGUGAAGGGAAAAGAAAGCAAGUCUUUUGUUUCCAAAGGUCUUCAUUACACAUUUAAUUUUCCAGAAAUGCUUGGGUUGGAUAGUGCCAUUUUCAGCACAUAAAUAUCUUGAGGAAAGCACAAUAUUUUUCAUAUGGUCCAAGACCAUGAAUUAUCUUUAAGAUGUGACUAUGUGUAUAUACUUGCCUUUAUGUGCUGUAGCAUUAAGCCAAGUGAUUGCAUCUCAGUGAAAUGCUGGCACCUCUGAUUUAAAAUCAUAUUCAUCUCCAGACCUCUGCUCAUUUUAACUGGUGAGCACUCAAAAGCCACCCAAAGUCAGGACAUGCCUUUAAUCACUGAAAGUUGACAGGGUCAAAGCUAGGAGCACUAAGCUCUCUUAGAUAUCAUUUUUAUCUGUUGGUACCCAACAGCUACAAUUAUAUGUUCUGGCACCAUAUUUGGGGUGGGGAGAAGAAGAAAAGAGUCAGAUAACAUUGGCAGCUGCCACAAUUUAAUACUCUUUUGUAAUUCAAUCUUAAAGAAACACUAUUAACACGCUGUGCCAGAAAUUUUAUAAUGUGUUGUGCUUUUUAAGAGUUCACCAGAGCCUGGCAAUUUUAUUUAGCUGCACCAUAAAAUAUCCAACCAUCCUAAUUGCCAUUCAGUACAAAAUUCAGUACACAAAUCAGAACACUGAAUGAAAGUGCUGUAUAAUUAUACAAUUUUAAGAGUAACAUUUAAAAAGUUCAUUUAAUUAUACACUUUGGGCAUGAAACAGCCACAAUUAAAACACUUUUAAUUCCCACCGUUUUCAAUGUGAGGAUGUUAGAGCACUUGUAUAACUCUCCCAAUUGCAGUUUGAGAGUGUGUAACUUUGAAUGGAUUGUACUCCGAAUUAUUUCCUUUGGAAAAAUUAUUAUGUAACGGCUUUCUUCAGAAACAUUUCUGUUACGCAAGAAUCCUGAUUUUUUAUGCUUUAGAUUUCAAUAGUACAUGGUGGGUACUCGGCCUACAAUUUCCUAUCAUGGAACACUGCAUAGGCAUUUUUCCAGUAUUGGGAAACAAAAGAGAGGCAGAUGAAAUAAUAGUGUUGGUAGAUUUGUUACCAAAAAAGAUAUUUGAAUGUGUAACAUAUUCUGCUUACUAAUCAAAUUGAUCAUUUAAAUAUGGAUUUUAUAUAGACCCCAAAGCAAGCAAUCUGGGUUUUUUCUGGGAAGAAAAAUGCUUGAGUUACUAAGUUGAUGAAAACAUGAUUGUUAUGGUCAAAACACAACUUUCAUUUAUGCUUUAAUGAAAAACUCACAUCUUUCUAGUAAAAUUCCAAGAGGGCUACAACUCAUUGUACAUAAGCAAACAAUAUUCUAAAAUAUUUUUUUUUUUUUGUGAAAGCAGAAGGACGAAAAAGGCAUUACUGUGCCAUGAAGGAAAGUGCAAUUGUUUUUUGUUGAAAGGAUGGCUGGGAAAUGAAGUGUAAUGUAUUUUAUAAUGUUUUUAAUUAAAGUUCAAAAUCUGUUUACAAAAGAUCCCCCAUAAAUAUUUUAGAAUCCCAAAUAUCUCAGAGCAUUAAAUAUUUUAUUUUUAUGGAAAUCAAAGCAAACCCUCAAAUAUAUACAUAUAUAGAUUAGAUUAAGAUGUUUGUUGUGAUACCGCAAACAGCAUCUUCACAUACAUAAGCAGCCCUGUUCCUGUGACCACUUACCACAUGAUCUCAAGGAUCAUGAUCGUACCCUCAUCUAGAAAAGUGCAAGUGGGAAGUCUUUGUGUAUAGUCUGAACUUUGUUUACUUUUGCUAACAAUACCAAAUUCACAAGCUGCUUUUAAGAUUUCCUUCAGUCCACAAAGGAGAUUGCAAUCCAAUGCAUGGAGUAAACAAACCAGACUUGAGCUGCUUACAUACAGUGUCUCACAUUGGUUCAAUAGACCAGAAGUAUAUGGUCCCUAUCUUCACACAGAUAACGUGCAGGCAUGGAGCAACACAUGGAUAUGUUCAUUUUCAUGGUUUUGCUCUUACCCAGCCCAGCUGACACACAACUUAAGACUAAAAUUCACUUGUAGGUUGUUAGUUCAGAGAUGGCUAGUUGUGGGGAAACAAGUGUACACAACCUAAGAUGUACCUGAAGUAUAUUCUGGUUUAUAGCUUAUUCAUAACACAUUUAAUUGUUUUUGAGUUUGGGCCAAAAUUAAUACUGUAUGCAUACAUGUAUACAUAUUAUAAACAUACAGCUUUCUCAGCCUUUGAUCUCUGUGUUUCAGAAAUGGCCCAUAUUCUCAUGGGCUUCCAUUCACAUGCAAAUUUCCAAAAAUAUUUCUCCUUGUUGCCAAGUAACAUGCAAGCUACCAUCAUACAGGCAUCCAAAGUGGAAAAGAUAGACAUGCUCCAAAAUCCAUGUUGAAGAUUUUUUUUAAAAAAAAACACACACCUAAUUAAGUGUUCUAUAUUUGAACAUAGUAUUUUCCUAAACCGCUUGCAAAUUUUAAUUUUUACAUUUCUUCUUUCAAAAGGUAAAAUACAUUUUCUUGCUCAAAAUUGUGUUAUCGUAUCAUACUAUGUAAAUUGUAAUAAAACAUUCUUUGCAAUUGUGUAAAACGUAUCAUACUGUAUUACAUUUAGGAUGAUUCAAGCACAAUUAGAAUUUUAUGGAGGGAGGAUUAGAAAUUGUAUCCCAGUGCAGUAUGUGAUUGAGAUGUAAAGUGAUGAUAGUUACAUUUAACUGAAAUCUCUUUUUAAAAGGCAGGUAGGACAUCUGAAAUAAGUGUAUCUUCACAUUUCAAUCUGGCCUAUAUCUUAAUUUGCUGCUAAAUUUGUUAACAAUCUCAUGUGGUUCCAAUCAAUGAUUUACUUAUAAAAACAAGGUACCAUGCUCUGACUCCAUUUCUAACCAAUAAAUGCUGUAAUAAUUUUAUAUUACUUGCUAUUUUCAUACUGCAGAGACAAUGUUUUCUAAGUUUGCAUCAAUGUGCAUAAAGCAACAUUGACAUAGAUCUUUGUUUUGAAACAAUUGGAAAAUAAUCCAUGUAAAUAUCACUUAGUUUCUUAAAAAGCAAGCACUAGACCACUGUAAGAU